UACAUUUCAUUAUUUCUUGUGUAAUUAUGACAGUGUAAAUUAAUUGUCUCGUUCAAGCAAUGGAAUCAGUUAAUAUACAAUGUUUUAAUGGCCAAAUCGAUCUUAAUUUGCUCGAUUUUCAUAAAUUCAGUCGUCUGUUCAGAGAAUUCAUAAAUUCUUAUCCUCAAACAAAAUCUUUCAAAGUCUUCUUUCCUUAUUCCACCGAAUUCAUGCAACGAGUUAUUCAGUUUAAGAAAUCAGAACAUACUUACAUAAGAACAAUCCAAGAAGCAAUGGAUCUGUAUCGAUUUGGAAAACAUUACGGAGCCGCGGACUUCGUAUCUAUUUGCCAUACAAAUAUUUUGUCAAACAUUAACUUUAUUAACGUUUUUGUUAUUUACGAAUUCGCCUGGAAAAUGAAUGAUUUCGACAUAAUGUACGAGUGUUGGAAAUGGUUCGAUCAUAAAGGAAGUCAAAUAUUUGGAAGACCCGAGUAUUUACAAUGCAGCGAAAUCACAAUAAACACUCUUCUCUCUCGUCCGAUAUACGAGAAGUUAAACGAAUCCAUUUUGUUCAACAUCGUGUGCAUCUGGGCUAAGAUCAAAGUUAUACCACAGACCAAUUUAAGAAGAGUUAUCGAACCAUUCUUAUCUAAAAUUCGAUUCCUUUCCAUGGGGAAAAAAUGUUUUGAACGUGACAUUUUCAACGUUGCAAAUGUCUUAACCGACGAAGAAAUCGAAGCAAUCAGAAAUUAUUUCUCGAGUGAAUUGAAAGACAAAUCUAAAAUUCCAGCCAACCUCUGCACAGACGAAUACCAGAGAGAUUAUCGCUUCUAUUACACUUUGUUUCAUUAUAACCACCGAGUUCUAAGAAGAUUUAGCGAAUGUUUCGAAGUCAAUGCGCGAAUGAAGUUUAAUUGCGAAAUUUCUGUAAAAGAAAACUGUUUUAUUUACAGAAUUCGUCUUCCCGUAAUUCACUCUAAAAAAACAUGUAUAAAGAUCUACGUAGACGUAAAGGUUGUCGGCGGUAACAGGGAAUUUACGAGGUAUGUGGAAUGCGACAGAGAAGGACAAGGGGUGUUGAAUUCUGUAAUAUUCCUGAGAAAAAAUUCGGUGAGUCGACUCAACGCCAAGAUCGACCGCAAAGACUUAAUUCCAGAAAACCAGUUACGAAUUAAACCCGAUAAUUUUUAUUUCUUCCAAGAACAUAAAAGUCCAACUGCUAAAGAAGAAGAAGAUGAACUAAGGCCUAGUUAUUAUUUCGAGGUCGAUCUCUAUUUUUAGAAGGCACAAAAAUAAUUUAAAAUGACUUCAACAAAAAUAAUUUCAAUCGUUUAAUUAACUGAGUUUUUAAUUGAUUCACUACUUUCGGAACCUCGCCUUAUAUUUAAGAUAAACGUGAUGAUAUAAAUGAGUUUCUUUUCUAUUUGUUUCACUGGAAUUAAAUUUCCGAUUACAAAAUUUUAAAAUGAAAAAUAAACAUAGAUUCUACAAU